AUGUCUAACACAUGUAAGCGUGUGGCUGUUACGGGGGCAGCGGGACAAAUUGGUUACUCGCUGCUACCACUUAUUGCAGCAGGGCGUAUGCUCGGUUUCGACCAGCGCGUGCAGCUGCAGCUAUUGGAUAUUAGCCCGGCUCUGAAGGCGCUUGAGGGGAUUCGAGCUGAACUUAUGGAUUGUUCUUUCCCUCUACUGGACGGCGUCGUUAUUACAGACGAACCAAAGGUUGCCUUUGACAAGGCUGACAUUGCCAUUCUCUGCGGCGCCUUCCCGCGCAAACCGGGUAUGGAAAGGAGGGAUCUACUGCAGACAAAUGCAAAAAUAUUUUCCGAGCAGGGUCGCGUGCUGGGUGAAGUUGCAUCGCCCAAUUGUCGUGUCUGCGUCGUGGGCAAUCCAGCGAAUACAAACGCUCUCAUUCUGCUCCGUGAAUCAAAGGGCAAGCUUAAUCCCCGAUUCGUGACGGCGCUUACUCGACUGGACCACAACCGCGCUACCGCCCAAGUGGCUGAGCGCGCGCGUGCCCGUGUUGAGGAGGUUAAAAAUUGCAUUAUUUGGGGUAACCACAGCGGCACUCAGGUGCCAGAUGUCAACAGCGCAACUGUUGGUGGGAAGCCCGCGCGCGCUGCCGUGGAUAACGGCGCUUUUUUUGACAAUGAAUUCAUCACAAUCGUUCAGGAACGGGGAGCUGAGAUAAUGAAGCUACGAGGACUCUCGUCAGCACUAUCAGCUGCGAAAGCAAUCGUGGAUCAUGUUCACGACUGGAUGCUGGGCACGCCUUCCGGGACCCACGUGUCGAUGGCUGUGUACUCCGACGGCAAUCCCUACGGAGUACCUGGUGGCCUCAUCUUUUCUUUCCCCGUUACUUGCAGUGGUGGGGAGUGGCAAAUUGUCAGUGGACUCAAUGUGACGCCCGCGAUCUCCGAGCGCAUUAAAGCAACAACAACGGAGCUCGAGGAGGAACGUAGAGAGGUCUCCACAGCCUAG